AUGGCCGAUGUCGUUGUCCAUAAGCGACAAGCAGUUAUUGACAGAUUAAAAAGACGAAUGGAAGGGUACAGGAGGCACAACCAAGACUGCGUUCCGCGCUAUAACAACGCAUUCGCAGAACAGCAAAAUGUUCAAGAAACAUUAAUGCUCAAACAGAAAUACAUGGAAACAAAGACCAAGAGAAAUGUUAAAAAGAAUGACAAAAAACCAAUGGAAAAUGGCAAUACUAUGCCGAAAUUCGGCACCAAGAGACCUUCCAGUGAAGACAUGGAUGGGUCGGAUGGCGUAUACCACGAUGGUAUGCCAGCGCCGCCCAAGUGCGUACCCAUUCCUCCGUGCGGUAACAACGGAGUCGGUGGCGGCCCUCAGCAGCAACAGCAGCAGCAACAACAACAACAACAACAACAGCAGCAGCAACAACAACAACAACAGCAGCAGCAACAACAACAACAACAGUCUCCCCAUGCCAAAAACGACGCGAGUAAUAAUGCCAAGUUCAGCGUGAAAAUCGUGCAGGAACUCGAGUUUAGCACCAGUGAACACCAGCAUAAUGCUCAGAUCUCCACCAACCUGACGCUGACGUCAGUCAACACGUCAGUGCAGAGCGACGUUACCACAAAACAGUCGGCAGGCGGGGGCCCUGGUGCGGGUGGCGGUACGGUGCCCACCGCUUCUGGUGGCGGUGGAAUUCCACCUGGAAGUGCUGCUGGGGCGACCGGCCCGCCAACCGACCACACGAUGCACGAGUGCAAGCAAGAGCAACCAGACCUGAUGGACUUCCCGGGCGAUGGUGACCUAAACGACCUGUCUUUCAUCAACAACGACACCAACGAACCCAUAUUGGCCGUCGACACGGACACGCUGACCGAGAUCAUAUCGGACCUUAACAGCGAGGGCAUCACGCCGGCCGACUUCAACCAGGUGGACUUGUGCGACAAACGGCCUAUAAAGACAGAACCUGAUGCCAGGUGCACUCCACCGGUUAAGUCGCCGUAUGACCAACACCAUCAGCAGCAGGUACACCAACAGCAGCAACACCAACAACAGCAGCAACACCAGCAGCAGCAACAGCGAGGUGGCGGCGGUGGAAACAAUAAUUAUUCGAAUUGUGUGGCCGCCGAGACGCUAAAACAGUUGGCUGAACAGCACAACAACCAGCAGCAGAGGCCAGACAAGUGCGGUUACGAUUUCCCUUACCAAUCACCCGGUUCCGUGCCUGACUUUAUACACUCGCCCAGCACUCCCGUGGGCACUCCCAACCCGAACGGUUACAACAUGAUGUCACCCGAACAACCAAAGCCGAGGAUGAAGCAACAACAGCAGCAAACAACCCCACCCAACACGCAGCAGCAACAACAACAACAACAACAACAGCAGCAGCAGCAGCAGCAACGACGGGUGGCGGCGCAGCGACUACAGAAACAACAACAGUUGCCACCCCCGCCCGCCUCCCAACAGCAGCAACAGCAACCCCUCCAGUCGCCCCAGUCCCGAUACAACCAGUAUAACGGACAUGGAAGUCCUCAGUAUCCUGUGUCGGCGGCUCGCAGGAUAACGCCGUCGCCGGGCGCAGCUUCGGCUGGCGUCCUGUCCCCGCAGCAGCCCAACGCCGCCAGUCCAGACGUGGUGGCCAGCUCGUUCCAAAUGUCCCAGUCCCAACAAGUUCACGUCAGUCAACAAGGCCAACAACAGGCUUUUGGUCAAGGGCAGGCCAUCCAAGACAGACUUAUGACCAGCGCUUCAGUCGCUUCGACAACAGCACCAAAUUGUGGUGCACCCAUACAGCAAUACUAUAACACCAACUGUGGAGACAACAGACAACAGUCCUACAUGCAUAUGACCCAGUCACAGAAUAUGACAUUCUCACAACAGCGUGCUAGAUUGCUCAGUGCAGGAGCCAGUCCAACCAAUAUUCGACCACCAACUAAUGUACAGCAGCCCAAUAUGAAUAACGAACAUCACAUGUUACCUCAGCACAUGAAUAGGACACCCAACCAGAUGAAUAUGAUGGGUCCUGGUGGAUGUCGACCACCUCCUCCAGAAUACAAACUAAACGUCGCCCAAAAUAUGGGUAUGUGCCAAACCCAGUUUCCUGCACAAGGAUACAUGCCAUCGGCCCGUCAGUCUUUACCACAAGGUGCUCAAUCUAGACGACCUAUACAACAACAACCUAUUCCACCUUCGGGACCUAUGCUACGAUCACAAAUGGCUAAUACUGGUGGUGGCGGUCCAAUGGCUGGUGGCUACGAUCGUAGUAUGUCAUCAGUUCAGAGAAAUAUGAUGUACCCUGGCUCAGGGAAUCUUCAACGACCACCAAAUGUCACACCUAGUUCAGAAGCAUUUGACAGUGAUUGGCAACAACUGUUAGCAGCAAGGCAACAACAACAACAGCAACAUCAGCAACAGCAACAACACCAACAUCAACAACAGCAGCACCAACAACAACAACCACAUCAACAACAACAACAACCGCAACCUCACCAGCACCAACAACAUCAAUUUAGACCCACAGUUACCCAAGCUUCAAUUGGCAAUUUAAACCAACCUGGAAACACUCCAGUAAACAAUAUUGGUGCAGGUUAUGGUGGUGCUAAUCCAAACAUAAACACUUGCCAAACAGGGCCGAAUAACGUUCACUUGAUGGCUGGACAAAUGCAGCACAUGUCUGCUAGAAUGGGUAAUGGACAGCAAACUAUGACACAGCAACAACAUGCCAAUAUUAGUAUGCAGUCACAAAAUAAUCAAAUGUCGGUAAAUCUUCAGAUGUCCCAAGCGAUGAAUGUUAAAAUGGGCGGAGGUGGCCAGAGUCGUAUGACUACUAAUGCACAGAUGGUUCCUCAACAACCUCAACAACAACAACAACAACCUCAGCAUUCACCACAUCCACAACACCCACAACACUCUCAACAUCCACAACAUCCCCAACAUCAUCAUCAACAACAACAGCCUCAACCUCAGCAGCACCCGUCCAUGAUGCGAGCAGCACAGCAACAACAGUCAUUCACCCAACAGCAACAACAGCAAGCAACAAUGAAUACUGGAAAUCCGUAUCAGCGUAACAUGGCUUCUGGUUACGGAGCAAACCCACAUCAGCAGCAGUACCAGCAGACAAGCACAACAAUGCAACCUGCACCCGUUGCAAAUCCAACAACUAUGCUAAACACUAACAACGGAUUACCGUCCCGUAACUCAUUUAGUCCCAGUGAUUUCAAUUUUGAUUUCCUAGAUCAGCCACUCGCUAAUGAUAGUAAGAAUGGUUUUAAUAACAAGCAACAGACGUUUGGUGAUUUCAACUUUGAUUUCCUUGAUGCUCAUUAA